CAUCCGGUCUUAGCUGCCCCGAGUGCGAAACCGAAAGGCCUGUAAAGUGCUGGGGCGGCGCCACGGGAUGACGAAGCCAGGAUCAAGGAUAUCACAGACCACAAUCCCUCGUCAUCCUAGGGGAACAAGUAUGCAUGAGUCUGGCAACAAGCUGUGCCACUCAAGCAUCGUACAGUGGAGCACCGAGUAUCUCUCCGGCUACGUAACACCGCAUCUAGCAUUUCAGAUAAAUUCUACCAAGUGUCUUCAUCGCAAUCAUGUCUAUCAGCGUUGGCUCUCCGGAGUGGUACCGCCAGAUGAAAGAUGUGAAAAGUGAUGUGGGCAGACUUACAAUCAAUCAUUACGGAUUCAAGCAAGCAGCGAACGGCGAGCUGAUAUUCGCGCCGCUUGACUUUUCCUCGGCACCUCGCAAAGUGCUUGAUGUCGCGACAGCUGACGGAUUAUGGAUGCGAGAUGUGCAGUCCUCAAUACCAGCGCCUCCACAUGGCGAGCAUGUCUUUGUCGGUACCGAAAUCAACGAAGCAUUCUUUCCCUCCUCUCAUCCGGAGAACAUCUCAUUUGUCCUACAAGACAUGAACAAACCCGGCCCAGAAUCAUGGAGCCAGGCGUUUGAUCUCGUACACAUGCGACUAGCAUUGCUGGCUGCCACUUCGCCGCAAGCCGUGAUCGAAGAACAUAUGAAGUACCUAAAGCCCGGCGCGUGGCUUGUGAUUGGCGACUGUGACAGGGUUUGUCCGACGAGCGAAGCUGAGAACCCAUACUACCAUAUGUUCUUCAAGGUCAUGCGCGCAGUACUGACGAAGAUGCGCGCGGAUCCAGACGUGGCACUCAAGUCAAAGGCUUGGUUAGAAGAGGCCGGGUUCGAGGAUGUACAAGAGCACAUGGUCAUGCGGCAAGUUGGCAAGAGGAAUCCGGAUGAAACCAUGGCUGAAAAAGCAGCUGAAUCUGAUCUGAUCAUCACGGCGGGUAUGGCAAAUAACGCGAAAGGAUUGGACUCGUCAUUGAAACCCUAUACUGAUGAGAUCUUGGAUGAUUUAGCAGCCAAUUUGGGAAAGGAACUGAGAGAUCAGGGAGCACUUUUUCCCAUGCGGUUCAUAUGGGGUAGAAAGCCUCAAUGAGCUUAGGCUUAUGCUUGCUCAAGUACCUGUUCGUAACGGGUAUAUAGAUUUAUGAUCUACGAUGUCAAAUGUGUUAACGGUAUCCCAGCUGCAUAUCUGGCAUUUCCAGGUCGUAUGAAUGCUUUGUCGAACAUGGUGCGUCACUUAGUCGGCAAC